AUGGCAGGUGAGGAGUGAGGGGAGAGAGGCUGAAGGUAGGAGUAGGUGUCCGGACCCAUCCUGUAUCUCCCCCCUGAGAGGGCUCAGUGCCCGCCCUCUGAGCGUCAGUCCCUCUGCGAGUCUGACCACAGGCAGGGGCUUGGACUUGGGGGCUUUCUCCUUGGGCUCCCUGACGUCUGUUGCCUCUUGCAGGAGCAGAGAUGGGGCCGAGUGGCGCAGCCGCGGUGGCCAUGGGGCUGUGGGUCUUGGUGACAGUGGGCGUGGCGGUGGACCCCGGUGUGGAGGCUCCCGGGCGCUGCCUCCUCUCCCAAUACCGCUCCCUGGAUCCCCGGGCACUGGAGGCAGUCAAGGCCCUGAGGAACCGCUAUGAGGAAGAGACGCUGAGCUGGAGGCCGCGCAACUGCUCGUUCCACCCGAGGAGGAACCCUCCGCCGCCGUCG